AACACGACAUUUUGGGCAGUCGUCGACGUAUUGCAGUAAAUCGUUACCGCGUCUCCGCUCCAGUACCUGAAAUACCAACAAUAAAAUGGGUCUGCUCGCUAUUUUACGAAAGUUGCGGUCGAACCCCGACAAGGAGCUGCGUUUGUUGCUGUUGGGCCUGGACAAUGCCGGCAAGACGACAAUCUUGAAGUCGCUGGCGAGCGAAGAUAUCACGCAGGUCACCCCGACUCAAGGCUUCAACAUAAAGAGCGUUCAAAGCGAAGGCUUCAAGCUGAAUGUCUGGGAUAUCGGCGGGGCGCGAAAGAUUCGGCCUUAUUGGCGAAAUUAUUUUGAGAACACGGACGUGCUGAUUUACGUCGUUGACAGCGCGGACAUCAAGAGACUGGAAGAAACGGGACAAGAGCUGUCGGAGCUUCUGCUGGAGGAAAAAUUACGAGGAGUGCCGUUGUUGGUGUACGCGAACAAGCAGGAUCUGGGACACGCCGUGACGGCGGCCGAGAUAGCGGAGGGACUCGGUUUGCACAAUAUCAAGGAUCGUGAUUGGCAAAUACAGUCUUGCAUCGCCAUCGAGGGCAAGGGUGUAAAGGAAGGUUUGGAGUGGGCGUGUAAAAACAUCAAGAGGAAAUAAGCGCGCCGCGGUGGUCGAGAAACACGAUCGACGUUUACCUCACAUUUAGGACGCACGAAAGGAGCAAAUGUACACCGAUCGUUGUACAUUUCACAUGAAUUUUAUUUAUCUUUUAUCUACUAUUUACAAGGAGCUACUGAGAACACUGUCGUUUGUGAGUUCAGUACGAACAUCUGAAUGCUCAGCGUGGGAUUCUUCAUCUCGCACUCGUACCGAACGUAUCCAGUCGUCGGACUUCCGUCCAUUUUGGAACGAACCGUUCGUCAACAGUCUCGUAAAUUCGCGAAAUUCUAUUUUUUCGCGUGGAAGAAAGGGAAAAAGAGCGAUAGAGAGAGAGAGAGAGAGNAGAGAGAGAGAGAGAGAGAGAGAGAGAGAGAGAGAGAGAUCUGUAAUGGCGAGCGUCGUGUUGCAAAGGAACGUGCCUUCUCGCUGUUUUAAAUAGAUUAGAAAUUUUUAUAGAUUUAUCUAGUAAAAAGUGUAAAAUAAAGUCAAAUGAAACAAGAAAGAGAAUGAGGGAAAGAGAGAGAGAGAGAGAGAAGACACACACAUAUUCAUAGAUAAUAAUUAUUAAUGUAAUAUUUAUACUUAUAAUUAGGGUAGAGACUUGAGCACCACGUCGUUUAUUGCACUCGCGAAAGAGAGAAUCGCGGAGACGCGCUAGAACCCAGCUUGUACGUAGAUGUCUAUGAACUUUUUUUUUAUUUUAAUGACGAAUACUACAUAAGUAAUUAAGAUGAAUCGUGGCUUCAUGAGAUGCAACGGCCAACUAAUUAGCGACGAUUAGAAUCAGCCGUAUCGCAACAUUCCGGCGAUUGUCAUGCUUAGGGACGAUCAGAUUCAAGACCAUUCGUUCUGCGCCCGGAAUGGCGUGCCAUUGAUAAUCGACGCAUUAAGCGUCUUUUGUAGUAUGAAAUCUAGCCUGGGUUUUCCUCUUUCUUUUUUAAUUCGAGUCUUAACUACUCGUGUAGUAUUUAUCUUUCGAAGGGGUUCGUCCGAGACGUUUUGCACAUACACACACACACACACGCACACACGCACACACACACACUUGCUCUCAUCUGAGCGCGUUGCUUCUGAAACGUGGAUUUAUCGAAGCAGCAUGGAAGACCGGAAGAGACGCCCAGAAGACGCCUGAGUCGCGCGUUUGCGAAAUAAAAACUUUUCUACACGUA